AAGACGGACACCAUUCAAUGAAACAGGAUUUCUUGGAGGAAGCAUUUGAAGAGCUGCUGGUUUUGGACUUAAAGACAGAUUUAAUCAGAAGAUAAAAAACAAACACUUCUUCUGAACUGCAGCAUUUGCAGUUUAAGUCCACUUCACAAUCUGUCUUUUGAGGGACAUUUCUGAACUCUUCAUGACAAUGCCGGUGGUCAAAGUGGAGAAAGACUCUCCAGCAGACACCACCAUGUCUGCCCCCAACCCUCCACCGCAGACAGAGGAGCAGCCCAGAGGGCGGAGAAGGAAGAGACCUCUGCAGCGAGGGAAACCCCCUUACAGCUACAUCGCACUCAUUUCCAUGGCCAUAGCCAACUCCCCCGACCGCAAGCUGACUCUGGGGGGCAUCUACAAGUUCAUCACGGAGCGUUUUCCCUUCUACAGAGACAAUUCAAAGAAAUGGCAGAACUCUAUCCGCCAUAACUUGACUCUCAAUGACUGCUUUAUCAAGAUCCCCCGAGAGCCGGGACGGCCAGGGAAGGGCAACUACUGGGCUUUAGACCCCAACGCAGAGGACAUGUUUGAGAGCGGCAGCUUCCUGAGGCGCAGGAAGAGGUUUAAACGCUGUGACUUGAGCACUUACGCCUCAUAUGUCCAUGAGACGCCAGUUUUCUCUCCUGUCCAGAUUGCCAGAUCAGCCACAUAUUCCAACUCAGUCUACAACAACAUGACAGUGAGUCCAGCCUACGGGCAGCAGCUGUCCUCGCCUUAUUAUCCCUCCUCAUCUCCUCCUGGGUUUGGACCUGGUCAGACCCGCAUGUUCAGCAUCAAUAACCUCAUAGGACACCCGCCUCCAGCCAGCAUGCUGGGAGGUCAAGGGUCAGAGGUGAUGCAACAGCCCGGGCGCACCUUCAGUCCUGAGGGACUCCCAAACGGGUCCAGUCCCUGCAGCCUCGGAGCCCCGGCUUUCCAAAGCCAACCAUGCGGAGGGGCCGUGUCAUCACGAUCCUCUUCGCAUCCCGGCUUCACCUACUCCGCGCCAACCAGCCACCUACACCACCAUACGCACCAGGGCUCGUAUGGACAGGCCCACACACAGGGGUAUGCAGCAACAGGGCGCCUCCACUCCUCAGCCCACGGGUCUGUGGAGCCUGUGGAUCAUUACGGCAGGGUUUCCCCAGUGCAGCUGGGCUCUUUCUCCCAGUAUAACAGUGCUGCAGGUCCCAUCACCAACACUGGGGGUUACCUGAGACACCCCACGUAUCCAGGGAAUAUGGACAGGUUUGUGUCUGCAAUGUGAGAGUCUAGAUCCAAGCAUCUUGCUACAUUUUUGACAAAAUAUCAGUGACUUGAGAUGGCGCCCAGUUAGCCAGACAUUUCCGUGCGCAAACUGUUUUUCUUUGUUCAUGACAAUUGUUAAGGACAAAACUGAACAGACUGAUUAAAAACACCACACCUGACAUAACUGUGAUUUACCAUGUUAACCCUACAACCCACUUUCCACACAGAUGGUAAUUUACUUUGAGAUACACACUAUAAACUUCAAUUUUUUUAUCAUGAAUUGAAUGUGCAAGUUUAAUAUUUACUGGUGAUUUAAGUAUAAAUUAUUGUGCUUCAUUGUCAUAAGCUUUGCGAUAAGUGGCUUGUAUGAAGAAGCUUUACUACAUUUGCAUGUAUUUUGUUGUCAAAUGAAAAUGCAUAUUAGGUUGUCUUUUUGGAAAUAAACAGUGAUACAGCACUUUGGUUCUUCAAGAAAGAAAAAUGUUUAAAUUAUUUAGGUAUUAUUUUCCAUUGCAAUUUAAGGACUUGGUGCCAGAGUUACACACCAGAAUUAUUUUA